CAUCCUAUCUUGAUAGUAUUUAGUGCAUUGUGGGGUGUAUUAGUAAAGGUGAAGUGUCAACAAUAAAAUCUUAACCUUUGCUUGUACUCCGACCGUGUGCAUCUCUCGCCAGAAUCGUUUAUAUUUAUUUAUCCAUUGAAAUUGUGUCCCUUUUAAAAGGUAUCAAUAUCUUUCAUGAGGAGAAUGUUCUUGAAUGGUCAAAAGUGUAUUUAUAUCCAAAAUUGAUUAACCCAGCCAUUGAGACUUGUCUCUAUCAUUGUGUGUAUUGUUCAUUUAUAGAAGACUUGUAAAAAUAUUUGCGAUAUUUACACAAACAUUUGUCUGAAACGGGACCAAUGGAAGAUGAGCUAGAUUCCACAGUACCACCAUCGUCAACGCAAACGUCCAAUCAAAAAACUGACAGGUUGGACAUUGGCUCUGAUAAUGGUGGGAAAAUGACAUCAGAGAUGGAUGAUGGAGAUUUGGAAGAAGGGGAAAUAGAAUCAGAGGUGGAAAGUAUCAAAGAUGCUACAAGAGUACUAGAGCCAGAAAAAUGGCCGGAGACCGAGAACACAUCAGAAGCAAGUAACGCUCCAGUUGAAUCAGAUGGUGAAAUUGUGUCAGAAGCUGAGAUUAAUGAAGCUGAGGACAAAGCUUCAGUGCUUGAGGAAAGAGAAAUUGACAGGCAGGAAGAUAAACCGCAACCUCAAAAAGCAGCAAAGCGUCCCCAUGCUGUGCUGGAGGAAGAUAAAGAGGAAGACGAAUCAGAUGACGAAGUGCCAGCCAAGUUGCUGAGGGCAGAUAGUGCCGAGAAUAUUCCCAAGGAACCUGCAGAUGGAACUCAGGAAUUUGAGAUCAUUGAUGACCUGGGCGAUGCUGAAGGAGAUAAUGACAUGGGUGAUUUCUACAGUGAGGAUGACCUCGAAGACAGUGAAAUUUAUGCCUGGCUUGAUGAAGGCUUUGAACGACGUACCACUACAGACUGUCCUAUACAGAAAGAGAAGAUUGUUCUCACAGAGAGGGGAAACAAUCCAUUUGAGGUGCUACCAGAGGGUUGGGUUGUGAUCACCCAUAACAGCGGUAUGCCGGUCUACCUCCACAAAACAACAAGAGUGUGCACUUUGGCCCGUCCUUAUUUUCUCGGACCAGGCAGUGUCAGGAAACAUGACAUUCCCGUUAGUGCUGUUCCCUGCCUUCAGUACAGGAGAGAGCUACAUAAAGAGAAUUCCAAUACUCAGCAAUUCCAAGACCAACAACAGGGUACAACUGUCCGUAACGAUGAAAGUUCUGACAGGCAGGCUGAAUCUGUGAAACCUGGGUCACAGUCCCAGGAAUCGAUGCCACCGCUUCCACCAACAGAACCAGUCGCUAAUGGUGGAAAUUCUCACAUGCAAUCAGAGUAUAUGGGUGAACGACCACCACUUCCAUCUGAACCAGUCCCUAAUGGUGAAAAUGCUGACAUGUCUAACGAAGCUGUGGAAUCGCAACCACCGCUACCUCCUGAACCCAUUGCAAAUGGUGAAAAUUCUGACAUGCAUACUGAACUAGUGAAAGCACCACCGCAACCACCAGAUCCAGUCUCCAAUGGUGAAACUAAUGGCACAGUUUCAGGAACAGCUUCUACUGGAGAACAGGAGACGCCCUUAGUGACCACUGCAGAUGGGUCAGUGAUAGCCCCGCCCAUCAAGAUAGAAUAUGCCGAGGAUAGAAAGAAACAAAAUACUGUAGAUCCUACUGAACUACGGGAAUAUUGUGAAAAGCUGUUUGAAUUCAGGACAAUCACAGUAAAAAAAUUUAAAACAUGGAAAGACAGAAGACGACACUUAAAUGCAAUUAGGUCACAGUCUCGCCCAGCCCUGCCAUCAACUACAAAGCUGAUAACUUGCAAAAUUCCACAAGUGAAAGGAGACGAAAAACCUAAACUCAAAGAGUUUGUUUUGAAUCCAUUGGGGAAAUCCUAUGUCUGUAUUUUACAUGAAUAUGCACAGCACACACUCAGAAUCCAGCCAAGAUAUGUCUUCAAAGAAUUAGAGAAUGCCCAGAACCCCUACAGUGCCACAGUUGUUAUUGGUGAUAUUGAAUAUGGUACCGGUUAUUCAAGCAGCAAAAAGUCAGCCAAGAUGGCAGCAGCAAAAGAAACCCUGACAAUACUUAUCCCAGAAAUGAGCAAAGUCACAGAAGAGAUUAAUAAAGAUGAGGACCUAUCGUUUUUUGAUGAGAUCAAGAUCGAGGACCCACGUGUCUAUGAGCUAUGUAACAAAGUAGGGCAGCCCAGUCCCUACCAGAUCCUACAGGAGUGCCUCAGCAGAAACUAUGGAAUGGGAGACACAAACUGUAAAAUUGACGUCAAACCCCUAAAACACCAAAAGAGUGAAUACUCUCUAACUGUUGGGAAACGCACAGUCACAGUUGUAUGUAAAAAUAAGAGAGAAGGUAAACAGAGAGCAGCCCAGGCUAUCCUACAGGAGCUGCAUCCUCAUAUCACAAACCUGGGAUCCCUUCUUAGGCUGUACGGGCGAUCCUCAUGGAAAAAUCUCAAAGAAAAGAAGAGAGAAGAACAUUCCAUUACGGAACUCCAGUCACAAACCUGCUCAAAGAAACCUAAUACUGCUGUACUGGAUAAACUCAAGGAGGAAAUGGAGAAACUCUACAAACAAAAGGUAAAACUCUACAAACAGGAGGUAAAACUCUACAGACAAAAGGUAAAACUCUACAAACAAAAGGUAAAACUCUACAAACAAAAGGUAAAACUCUACAAACAAAAGGUAAAACUCUAAAGACAAAAGGUAAAACUCUACAGACAAAAGGUAAAACUC